AUGGAAUCUAUGACGGUGGUUCUGUAUCCUUCUCCGGGAAUAGGCCACCUGGUUUCCAUGGUGGAGCUCGGAAAGCUCAUUCACACCCACCACCCUUUAUUCUCUAUCCUCAUCCUCAUAACUCCGGCACCUUUUGAAAACGGUUCCACCGAUAAAUACAUCAAAACCGUCUCUGCCACCAUCCCUUCCAUCAUGUUCCACCACCUCCCCACUAUCGCUAUUCCACCAGACUUGUCGUCUGAUUUCGUCGCACUUAAUUUCGCGAUCCCACAGCUUUACAACCCAAUUUUCCACAACACACUCGUAGCCAUCUCGGAGAAAUCCACCAUCAAAGCUGUGAUCCUUGAUUUCUUUACCAACGCUGCUUUCCAAGUUGCUAAAAGCCUCCAGUUACCCACUUACUACUUCUAUACCGGCGGCGCUUCCGGUCUCUGUGUGUUCUUAUAUAUGCCCACCAUCAACAACAUCACUUCUGAUUCUAUUAAAGAUCAAAAUAUUUACUUUGAUAUUCCUGGAGUGCCUCCUAUCCAUUCCUCCCAUUUUCCCGCAGCUGUGGUUGAUAAAAAAGGUAAAGCGUACCAGAACUUCAUAAACACUGCCAGAAACAUGGCAAAAUCCUCCGGCAUCAUUGCGAACACCUUUGUUGGAUUCGAAGAAAGAGCUGUUGCCAGUCUCCGGGACGGUAAAUGCAUCUCCGAUGGUCCAACUCCGCCUAUUUAUUUCAUCGGACCUUUGAUCGCCGGUGGAAAUCAUAAAGAGCAGUUGAAGGAAAUAGCGAUUGGGUUGGAGAGAAGCAAGCAAAGAUUUUUGUGGGUGGUGCGAGAUCCGCCACCAGAUGCAAGUAAAGAGCUCGAUCUUGAUGAUAUUCUUCCUGAAGGGUUUUUAUCCAGGACGGCGGAUAAGGGACUGGUGAUAAAAAAUUGGGCACCACAGCCGGUGAUACUUGGUCAUGAGUCGGUGGGUGGAUUUGUGAGUCACUGUGGGUGGAACUCGGUGCUCGAAGCGGUGGCAGCUGGGGUGCCAAUGGUCGCAUGGCCAUUGUAUGCGGAGCAGAAUAUGAAUCGGGUGUAUUUGGUGGAAGAAAUGAAGGUGGCACUGGCGGUGGAUAUGUCGUCGGAUGGGUUUGUGACGGCGACGGCUGUGGAGGAAAAGGUGAAGGAGUUGAUGGAGGGUGAAGAAGGGAGAGUGGUGAGGGAACAGAUAUUAGAGAUGAGUGAAAGGGCAAAAGCUGCGACGGAGGACGAUGGCUCCUCCCGAGUAGAGUUUUUUAAAUUAACCAAUUCUUGGACCGCCCUGUAG